UUGUUCCCUUCCUAUUCUCCCCCCAUCUUCUCCUCACUCUCGCCGGAUCACCCCCACCCUCCUCCUCCUCUCUCUCUCUUUCUCACGCACACCUCGCCUCACCUACGAGUGUGAUAGCCCACAACUCUGUCGCGCGGGCUCUUUCUCUCUGUGUGUAGCCCCUCCUCCGUCCCCCAUUAACUCCUUCAUAAAGGGAGAAACAGAACAGAGGAAGAAGCAGAGAGAGAGCUGGGAAAGAAAGAACACGGCGGCAGGGGGAGGCCCUGUAAUCUCGGCUAGCUCUUGCGACUGUGCCAACACCCGGGCGGCGCGGCCACCACCACGCUCCUAGCAGCAGCAGCCAACAGAGCUAUCUAUUCUAGCCCGGCCUGCAGCUUCGAUAGCACAGUAAAUUCCGCUCCCAUUCCUUUGUUACUACAGCACACCCUGCAUUUACUGCCCAUCACUCCGCCCGCGAUCUCCAAAUCUUUUCCUCGCAGAAAGGACAGGAGACAGAGGACAGCGCGUUGAAGAGAUGGUGCCGCGCGAGCAUGGGGACGAGGCCAUCGUGGCCGACGGCAACGGCAAGGAGGAGGAGGUCGGGGUCAUGGGCGUCGGCGCCGCGGACGGCGACGAGGAGCAGCACGGCGCGGGCGGCAAGUUCAGCGUCACCAGCUUCCUCUGGCACGGCGGCUCCGUCUGGGACGCCUGGUUCAGCUGCGCCUCCAACCAGGUCGCGCAGGUGCUCCUGACGCUGCCGUACUCCUUCUCGCAGCUGGGGAUGCUCUCCGGCGUGCUGCUGCAGCUCUUCUACGGCUUCCUGGGCAGCUGGACCGCCUACCUCAUCAGCGUCCUCUACGUCGAGUACCGCUCCCGCAAGGAGAAGGAGGGCGUCAGCUUCAAGAACCACGUCAUCCAGUGGUUCGAAGUGCUGGAUGGGCUCCUGGGCCCGUACUGGAAGGCGGCCGGUCUGGCCUUCAACUGCACGUUCCUGCUGUUCGGCACCGUCAUCCAGCUGAUCGCCUGCGCGAGUAACAUCUACUACAUCAACGACCGGCUGGACAAGCGGACAUGGACGUACAUCUUCGGGGCUUGCUGCGCCACCACGGUGUUCAUCCCCUCCUUCCACAACUACCGGAUCUGGUCCUUCCUCGGCCUCGGCAUGACCACCUACACCGCCUGGUACCUCGCCAUCGCCGCCCUCAUCAACGGGCAGGUCGAAGGCGUGACGCACACCGGGCCCAACAAGCUGGUGCUCUACUUCACCGGCGCCACCAACAUCCUCUACACCUUCGGCGGACACGCCGUCACAGUGGAGAUCAUGCACGCGAUGUGGAAGCCGGCAAAGUUCAAGUACAUCUACCUGCUGGCGACGCUGUACGUGUUCACGCUGACGCUGCCGUCGGCGUCGGCCAUGUACUGGGCGUACGGCGACGAGCUGCUGUCGCACGCCAACGCCUUCUCGCUGCUGCCCAAGACGGCGUGGCGGGACGCCGCCGUGGUGCUCAUGCUCAUCCACCAGUUCAUCACCUUCGGCUUCGCCUGCACGCCGCUCUACUUCGUCUGGGAGAAGGUGAUCGGGAUGCACGACUGCAAGAGCAUCUGCCUCAGGGCGCUCGCAAGGCUCCCCAUCGUCGUCCCCAUCUGGUUCCUCGCCAUCAUCUUCCCCUUCUUCGGCCCCAUCAACUCCGCCGUCGGCGCGCUACUCGUCAGCUUCACCGUCUACAUCAUCCCCGCCCUCGCCCACAUCCUCACCUACCGCACCGCCUCCGCCCGCGCCAACGCGGCGGAGAAGCCGCCCUUCUUCCUGCCGAGCUGGACCGGCAUGUUCGUGCUCAACGCGUUCAUCGUGGUGUGGGUGUUCGUGGUCGGGUUCGGGCUCGGCGGAUGGGCCAGCAUGGUCAACUUCAUCCGGCAGAUCGACACCUUCGGCCUCUUCGCCAAGUGCUACCAGUGCCCCAAGCCGCCCGUCAUGGCCGCCGCGCCGUCGUCGUCGCAUCACUAGCGCCUCCGACAAAGUCCUGUGCCACCGCCACCGCCACCGGAAGGAGGAACCAAGGAGCCAGCCCCCCCCCCCCCCCCCUCCCGGCCCGGCCCGGCCCGGCACAAACCCAGUAAUGCUUGCUAGGUUUUGGUCGCCUUGUAAUAUACAAAGCCUCUCCUCUCCUAGAGUGUCAGUGUCACACCAUAGUAGAACAGGGUAUUGGUAGGGGGAGUACGUCCACCCAGAGGCCUUCCUCCCCGAUCCAUCCAUCAUCGGUGUCCUUGUGUUCGUGUUUGGCUUGUCCCCACCCACAACCCACAUAUAUAUGUGAUGCUCGUCAUGGCUUUAUAAGAUUUGCAGCACAUGCCACACAUUUCAUAUGAUAUGAUGAUAUAACAUAGUAUCCGAUAGGUUUUUUUUUCCCUUUGUUUCUCGUUCUCCGCUGGAGCUAGCUUCGGUUGCUCCAUGCAUGUGUGUUGUUGUUUAGCGCGAGUACUUGCUGCUUGUAAUGAACGAUCGAUUAUUCCUCUUGCUAGCUAAAGGCGAAACAAGGAGGCCUUUGUUUA